AUGGAGGCCGCCGGGAUGAUGGACUGGCAGUGCCUGCCGAUUCGCGGUAUUUGCGACUACGCGGACUCUCACAAGAACAAGCACUGGCAGGGCUACGUAGCUGCGACCGCGGCCGCUUACGCGAGGGAGCUACUGGAAGCCCUCCCCGUCGCGCGUGUAGAGUCCGGUCGCGCUGCCUCGUGGCUCACAGCAGCGAGCCAGCCCAAGCCAUCGCAGAACCUCGGCUUCCUGUGGAUGCGGGGAAAGCGCUCCUUUACCUCCUUUAUCGACGCCCUCGACGAGUGCGACGAGCAGGAAGUGCGGGAUAUGGUCGAGUUUUUCGAGGACCUGGCCGAGAUAACCACCGAAGGUAGCAUCCAGUUCCGCGUCUGCUUCUCGAGCCGGCCCUACCCGUACAUUGACAUACACCGGGGAGCUCUGCUCGUUCUCGAGGAUGAAUCGGGACAUGGAGAUGACCUUGCCGAGAGCAUCUUGGCGCGUGAUGAGAAGGAACCGGAACGACUGCUGAUCUGCAUUCUCUGGGUGCUCUGCGCAAAACGGCCUCUGAGUCCAGGCGAGUUCCGCCACGCCGUGUGA